GCGGAGCAUUAGGUAUAGAAUCAUUCGUUGCGGGUACGCCAUCUAGUGAUCGUAAGGGCUCUAAAUAAAUUUUGUGCGCUCAUAUAUUUACACGUAAAAAUAUAUUAACGAAAUUAGCAAUACAAAAGCAAAUAACAUCCGUUGCGAGCUCUUUCAGUAAAUAUUUUCCACGAUGUCUACAAUGAUAUCUUUGCCCAACGAAAUAAUUGCUAAGAUUCUUGAAGACGAUGGCAUCAGCAUAAAAGACGUCGUGAAUUUUAGCAGCACGUGCAAAAGAUUCCGGCAGACUGUACAGAAUAAGCGUUUGUGGGAAACAAAAUUUUAUCAAAGAUGUCCUUCUGCAAGAAAAAGAUAUAGUUUACAAGAACGGAAGAAAAUUUCUUACCAUUUAGAUUUCCGAGAAGAAAUAGAAGCGGGUAUAAAAUUUGUCAAAAACUUACAGUUUUAUGUGAUUUUGCUAUCUAAAAAUAACUCAAUUAGUUAUAAUGACAAAGAAAACUUGCACUAUCUUCUACAGACGAUAGCAAAAAAUUCUAUAGUGUAUUUUUUCGUUUCGGACGAGCUAAAUAGAAUUAUAUCUGCAGAAUUACCAUGGCAACCCGGCUCCAAUUUGACAAAUAUGUAUUACAUUGAUCGAAUUUUUUAUUCAUUAAAACAACAUCGAUUUGAAUACAAGCAAAACAAAUUUUUAUCUGCGCCUAAAAAUGAGUUACUUUUAGAACAAAGAGUUACUACUGCGGCACAAUAUUUUUAUCCCCAUAUAUCUUAUUCGGUUAUAAAAAUGUGGUUAGAUGAAAUUGAGCGAGAAGCACUAUCCCGUCUUAAACAAAAAACGUCUUCGCAGUUAACGGUUUCUGAGCCAUUCAUUUUUUGUACUCAACAUACAUGUCAAGCCUCCGAUAAAAUAAGAGUACAAAUUGUGAAUAUUCUUGAAGAAAUUAUAAUUUCUGAAUUAGGAAUUAAAAAAUUACAUAAAUUAUUCAUAACAUUAAAUUUAGAAGACAUUUAUAUAAUUAAUAUUUCACAACGUUUCCGAAAUUUUCUAUUGACUAUUGUAUUUUACAUCGUGGCCACAAGAAUGGGCAUACACUGCAAGCUAAUAGAAUGUGAUGGCUAUGUUGGAAUCGAAUUGCCGGAUUUUACUUGCGAAAACAUUUGGGGAAUUCAUAAUUGGAAUUCAGCGUGUUUUUAUAUAAACGAAGAUAUACAUUCCCCGAUAAACAUUGUCAGAGAAAUAUAUAAAUAUAAAUGCAUUCUAUUUCCACAAAAUCAUGCAUUGGCAAUAUUGAUGAAACAUAUGUAUGAAGAAAUAAUAGAUUACACGUGGAAAUCCAAUUUUUUAUACAUUUUUCUAGCCAAAGAAUUUAUAUACAGUAGAAAUAUUACACAAGAAAUAUAUUCUAAUAUUCAAAACAUGUUUCAAACUAAGAACAUCUUAAAAAAAAUAGAACAAAAAAGAAGAAAUGAAAACAUCAAAUUUGCUGUUGGUAUGAUUGUAACACAUUCAGUUCGAUUAUCUACUUCAACUGAAAUAAGAGCUGGCGUGAUAGUUGGUUGGUAUCUUGGAUGUAACUCUUUGGCCAUCGAAUCACUAUGCAUACCCCAUAUCUACUACAAUUUAGAUUGCUGUAGUUGUGAAAAAGCUAUAGAGUAUGCUUGUCAUCCGCAUUACGUAAUUCUCAACGAAGCUAAUACACUACAUUAUGUGCCGCAAGAUAAUAUAUCGACAUGUCCACCACAAUGGAUUAAUAAUGUAGAGAUAGGACGAUACUUUAUUAAAUUCGAAGGUACACAUUACGCACCGAAUGAAAUCCUGGCAGAACGUUAUCCAGAUGAUACCGCUGUAAUUCUCAAAAUAUUUUCCAAUACUGUUUCGAGAUUUGAAUGGUUGUCGACAAAAUCCAAGCAGUAAUAAAAACAAAAACAAAUCUGAACGUCGCCAUUUGUUCCUCUUAGAUUAAAUGUAUUAUUAACAUUUAAUAUCAAGAGUUUUCUUAUCCAAAUCUGUUCUUCCAAUGAAAAUCUUCGAAACGCGCUACGUUCGCUUUUUACUCAAAUCUAAGUGAAUUUUAGUUUUUGAGCGAUCUUGUGGAGGUCGUCUCUUCAACCUAUUAGUUUUUUCGAGCCUAAUAAAAACAUGUGUGGUAAAACAAGUAAGAGUCGCAAAAUAAUCAAUGAUGUACACCAUGUCUGAGUGCAACAACAACAACUUCUGUAUUCUAUCGAACGAAGUUCUCUAUCUGGAGAACUUGAAGAAAAUCGGAAGGUGUAAUCUCACACCUGCUAAAGUGCCUUCAAGGAUUUCAUUGUUCUUUCAAGAAGAUCUGGAUUCAAUUCUUCAAUGGACACACAGACGUCGCAGAAAAAUUUCAAAAUCAACUCGGUCAUCUUUCAUCUACUUCAAGAAGGAUCAUUUCGACACGAUUUACACAGCCCACCAAAACGUUCUAGACUACAUGGCUGAGCACCUGGAGAAGUUGGAGCUGGUCGUGAGUGCAAAUUAAUCCUUUUCCGCUUUGAGGUUAUGUAGAAGGAUUUGCGUUUCUUGUACGACAUCUUGCAUCUAUUAAAUUACCUUUAUUUGAUGGCAAUUACGAUGAUUGGGAACAACUUCCCGAUCGAUUUACUAUGACAUUCCAUAUAUAUAGGGUGUCCCAAAACUUCCUCUUAAUGGCAGAUUCCUUAAAACAUUUCAAGAAAAUCCUAAUACAAAAAUGUCGAGGCUAUAAUAGUUUUUAAACAAGAAACUAUUAUAUUUUAUGAAUGAGAGGGCUGAGAUUUCGCGCGCUUAAGCACGGCAAAAAAAACAAGUGAAAAAAGUGUUCUAUAAAUGGGAUUUAUUUUUGAUAUUAUGAUUAUCGUAUAAAUUUAUAAGAGCAUUGUCAUUAUAUGUUAUUCCAUUUCUCUACGCA